GCAGAACUGAACACAACAAACGCAGUCAUGGCACCUAAAACCAGUGGACCAAUGAUCUACACUGCAGGACAAACUUCACUGACACAUAAGCUGAGAAAGCCAAUAGUGGAGAAAAUUCGGCGAGAACGUAUCAACAGCAGCAUUGAGAAGCUCAAGUCUCUUCUGGGCCAAGAGUUCCUGAAACAACAGCCCGACUCCAGACAGGAGAAAGCUGAUAUCCUGGAGAUGACGCUUGAGUUCUUCAGACGACAGCAGCAGUCCCAGAAUCCCUCCACCUGCUCUCCUGCAGUUAAUGAUGGUUACUUCAGAUGUGUACAGGAGUCCAUCAACUUCCUGACUCAAUGUCAAGUGCAGACCGAGUCUCAUAGAAGACUCCUGAAGAUCUUCCUCAACAUGAAGCCUUCAACAGAGAAGACGACGACACGUGUCCUGUCCCAGCUCAAUUCAGCGGUCUGUCAGAGCAGCAGCACAGAGAAAACUUCAACCUGCUGUCAACUCUGGAGACCUUGGCAAAAGCCAUUGUGAUUUUAAUAGACAACAAUGUUUAACUCUGUUAUUAGAGGACAUGAAUAUUGUAGACCAUUUGAAGAGAGGUCACCGGUAUUCCUAAUUUAGGAAUUCUAUGUAUUUUUGUAAUAGGAAAAUAAUGUGUCAUAGCUCCAAAAGUAGCAUUUUGAAUAUCUGCUAUGUUAGCAACAAUGCAAUUAUUAAAUAUCUCAUAAUGAGAUGCAAUAUUAUUAAUAAUCAUUAAUUACUAAUAAUGAUUAAUAUUUUAUAUUUUAUGAAUAUAAUAUUUUUCUGUAAAGAUCCCAUGGAUCUUAUAAUCAUUAUUGUUGAAUUGUUCUUCUUUGAAGAUUUUGUUUGUUGUAGAUUUUAUCUAAUCAGUUAUUAUGAGUAAUAUAAAUGCUUUUAUAAAGACUAAGUAAGUAAUUUUGUUUUAAACAAGUGAGAGAUUUGUCAGAACAAUCGAACUAUAGUAAAUAAUAUAGUAAGUCAAGAUGCUGGGCAUCUGCACAUCAUUUGUAAACAUUUAUUUUAUAUCAAAUAAACAUCUAUUUUACAUUAAAUGUU